AGGUGAGGUGGUGACUUUAUGCGACACGCAGAGAAAUAAAUGCAACACUGAAAGAACCCAAAUGAGAAGUCGCCUGCUUUUAAACACUUUGAGCAGCUUUGAGUGUAAUCUCAAAACUAGUUUAGAUUUCAGGGUGUUUCAGUUUUAUUUAAGAUUAUGAAAGACAUAUUUGAGGUUCCUGUUCAAUAUUCUCAGGGAAAUGUGACCGAUGUAAUGAUUGACAUCCCAGAUUUAGACAAUGUGGAUCAACUGCCCGAAAUGGUCUUUGUGAGGUACAGAGUAACAGGGAAAGACUACAUGUGCUGUUCUGUUUUCAACAUCAUGUUCUGUAACUGCUUGUUUUUGGGCUGUGCUGCUUUGAUAUGUUCAUUAAAGGCGAGAAACAAGAUGGAUGAGGGAGACAAGGUGGGAGCUCAGAAGUACAGCAGAUAUGCAUGUAGGACCAACACAGCAGCUGUGCUAGUGACCAUCCUGGCUCUUACAUUGUUCCUGUCCAUUAGAUUUAGUGUUUUCUAAACAUUUCUUAACAGGCUCAUUAUGGACCCUCUUCUUUGUUGUUGUUUUUUUAAAUGCAUUGGUUGGAAAAGUUA